GAGAUCAGAGUUGUUAAUUGCAUCUUUGUAGCAUUUGUUUAUCAAUAUAUAUUGUGUUCAAGUAUAUUAUGAUGGCUUCCCAGCUGUGGUUUCCCUUCUUUGCCCCUUCUCUUGGAAUUUUCCUUUUAAUUAUUGUAUCCUCUCUUGCAGAGAAAGCUCCAUACAACUCUUUUGCCAAAGAUGCAACAUUGGCAUCUGCGUCCGCGGGGCACUACGACUACAUAGUCAUCGGAGGCGGAACCGCCGGAUGUGCACUGGCUGCGACGCUAUCAGGCUCCGCGAAAGUACUCCUCCUCGAGAGGGGCGGCAUGCCAUACGACAACCCGAACUUGACACGCCAAAGCGGUUUCUUGAACAUAUUUUUCGACACGUCGCCGGGCUCAGCCGCACAGCCAUUCGUGUCAACGGAUGGCGUGCGUUUGACCCGGGCCCGCAUUUUGGGCGGCGGCUCCGCCAUCAAUGUUGGGUUUUACUCAAGGGCAAGCAGGGAGGAGGUUUCCGACGCAGGGUGGGACCCGCAUCUGGUGAACCAAUCGUAUGCGUGGGUGGAGCGGAAGGUGACGUUCCGACCUAAACGGCUGUUGCGGUGGCAGGCAGCUGUGAGGGACGGGUUGUUGGAGGCCGGGGUGGUGCCCUACAACGGAGGGACUUAUGACCACUUGGAGGGGACCAAAAUAGGAAAUUCUAUUUUUGACGAGAAUGGGUAUAGACACACUGCCGCGGAUUUGUUAGAGUAUGCCGACGACACUAAGAUCACUCUCUAUUUCCAUGCCGUGGCUCACCAAAUCUUGUUUAAGAGGCCUUCAUCAGGGGAAAAUAACCCCAAAGCCUAUGGAAUUUUCUUCAAAGACUUGAAAGGAAAUGGUCACAUGGUGUUCUUGAAUGAAGGGCCCAAGAAUGAGAUCAUUCUCUCGGCUGGUGCAAUUGGAAGCCCACAACUAUUGAUGCUUAGUGGCAUUGGGCCGUCCGACCAUCUCAAAGCCCACGGAAUAGAUGUAGUACUUGACCAGCCAAUGGUUGGGCAGGGCAUGGCCGACAACCCGUUGAAUGGAAUCAUAAUUCCGUCCAUUCGCCCGACCGAGACCUCGUUUAGUGACGUGGUGGGCAUAACUCAUUCAGGAAAUUACAUCGAAACGCUAAGUGGAUUGUCUAUGGUCCCCAAAGCCAUAGAAAUCCUCAGACGAGCUGGUUUUGACGACCUGUCGUUUCCGGACAUGAAGAUGCAAGGUGGAAUUAUGUUGGAAAAAGUGAACAAAACUUUCUCUCAAGGGCACAUGGAGCUUAAGAAUAGGGAUCCCAAUGACAAUCCAACGGUCACCUUUAACUACUUUCAAGACCCGAGGGACCUUCAGACCUGCGUGCGAGGCAUGGAAGUCAUUAAAAAAGUCUUCGAGUCGGAGUCCUUUGCUUCGUUGCGAAACCCCUCGACCUCGUUCGAAUCUCUCUUGGACUUGAUGUCCGCCAUUCCCUUUAACAUGAGGCAGAAAAACCGCCUCAAGUAUGGUGCUUCAUUGGAGGAUUUUUGUGUGGACAAUGUCCUUACCAUGUGGCAUUUCCACGGAGGAUGCCGGGUCGAUAAUGUAGUGGAUCGUGAUUAUAAGGUGAUCGGCGUUGAUGCUUUGCGGGUUGUUGACGGGUCCACAUUUUCUAGCUCCCCAGGAACUAAUCCUCAAGCAACCGUCAUGAUGUUUGGAAGGUACACGGGGCUCAAAAUUUUGGAGCAACGAUCAACUAGUGAAUGAGCUUACAAAAACUGGACACAACUUGAUGUUUGUAUGUCUAAAUAAUAUGUAGUACAAUCAUGUUCAUUUUGAAUUUAAAUAAAUGAGAAUUAUAAAG